AUGUCCAGAAACAAAGAAAAGGCACAAUCAGCAUUAAACCGAUAUCAGCAAGAAGUUAACCGACAAGCUGGGGUACUUGAAACCAACCCAAACCUACGACCUAAGUAUGUUCAAUCGGUAGAGUCUCUACCUCAAGCCGAGAAAUGGCGAUCUGUUGUGAUCACAGAGAUAUCCACUAGGUUGACACGAAUUCAGGAUCCUUUGCUUGAAGAGUCUCAAAUUAGGGAAUUAAACGAAACCUUGAAUAAGUUGAUGCUGGAAAAGAGAGCAUGGGAACAUCAUAUCAAAUCUUUGGGUGGGGCUGACUACCUCCGGUUUGGACCUAAAUUUGAAAGCAUGGGGAUGAUGGACAAUGAUAUUUCUGGCAUCAAAGGGUUCAGGUAUUUUGGAAGGGCCAAAGAUUUACCUGAAGUGAAGCUUUUGCAACAGGCAAAGAUCGAUAAAGCAACUCGAGAGUCUACGCAACAAGAUACAGAGCAGAGAGAAGUUCAAGAGCUUGAGAUGAGAUUCUCCAAUCUUGACCCUACAUACUAUUCCACGUUCACAAGAACCAACAUAUAUGACAAGGCUGAAGAUGACCUCAUUGCGAUUGUUGGGGAUGUUUACACUAGGCAGGAGGAAAGAAAAAAUGUCGAAGCAUAUAAUUUCAAGGCUAUUAGCAAAAGUCUCAGUGAUGACAUUCAGAAUACGGCAAAAGACAUGACUAUUUCACAGGCCCAGCUAGAGGAAAUUAUGGACUACUCAGACAUUAUACCCAGUGAGGAAGACAUCAAGCAAUGGGUUCUAGACCAGAAAAAACAACAGCUUCUUGCAAAGCUCGCAUCAUCAAAAUAG